GAUUCUCCCCGUUGUUGUUUACAUCAUGGCGGCUCACUCGAAUGCGAGCAGGUGCUCGUUGCUGAGAAAUUGUUUAACCGUUGUUAUCAUUUCGUUCAUUUAUUUGGUAUCUUUUGCUUCAUCGCAAUCAACCACCACCGGUGCAACAGGGUCAACCGAUUCAAACACAACAGAUGCACCGACGACCACUCCGCCGGCAACAACGCAAGUCACGACAACGACCACAACGCCCGCGCCGACGCAACCACCGACGCAAAUACCCGCCAACACUGAUAUUGGAACAUGUCCUUGUGACCUGACCGGUAAUGCCUGUGAUGUGAACUGUUGUUGUGACGCAGACUGCUCGGCUGAUGAUAGGCUAUCUUUUAGCGAGUGUCUACCGUUUUCAUACAGUGUUGAUGACCGCUUGUGCCUUCAAGAACAAGUGAUACUCCUCGAAAAUUCUCCAUAUUUCUCUAACAUCACCUCAGACAAACUCUUCUGCAUCUAUUUUGAUAAUCGGGCGCAGCGCAACUUCUACAACAACCCCAACCUGGUCAGUACCGACGCCACAUUCAACAAGUACGUGGCCGACUAUGGAAGUUUCUCCUUCCUGCCUGAGGCCUCCCCUGUACCAACAUCCUACCCAGACUACUACCAGUCGGGAGAUUCAAUCUACACAGUGUUCCCCAGCCAGGCACAGGGGAACCUAGGACUGCCGAAGUCGUUGUCGUCAACAUUCUGUGCUGAUGGCAACCCAGUCGCCUAUCUACAAGACGAGUCUCAUGACUGUGUGCGUCUUUUGUCUACCCUGGCCACGGAGUGUACGAGUGUCAUGGCACUCAGUGCCGACACCUUCUACCAGGGCUUCAGGGUUGUCACAACGCCAGCGCUGUUCCAGAGGUACACCCCAGUGAAUGAUUCCCUUCGGAACGACACAAUAUACCUGCAGUCACUUAACACAGCUGCCGUGGACCUGUCUGGAGUGACUGACUUGUACAACAACUCCUUCACUGUGCCAGUCGAGCUGGACCCCAUCCUGUGUGAGGAUCCCAAUGGAGUUGUCUCCCCUUGUGGUGUCGUCACUCCCCCGGUGCCUGCAUGGGAUGCUGUCUCACUGCAGUGUAACAAUGCUGUUGCGAGGGUCAGCUAUCGAGUCAUCCACAAUGGAACAUCGGGCAUCGUGUCAGUCUUUGCACAGCUGACAUUGGCCAGUAUUCCUGCAACAAACCAGCACUUCGUUCAGAGCUUCUCAACCUCCUUUAGAGGGAUGAACGAAGCCAGUCCCCCCUUUGUUCGGAGCGGCAAUCCAGGCUACAUCCAGGGGGCGCCACUCAUGGCUGGAGUGCUGAACGAGACUGACGCAGAGGGAAAUGUAGUACAGGAGAUUCUUCUGAACUCCAAUCGUGACGAGUGGCUGACCAUGGUGCGAGGAUCAGCAAACGGCAACUGCAUCACCGACUCCAGCCAGGGCAGGGUCUCGGUCCAGUUCAAGGAUGAUGUACGCUCGGGAUGCUUCAUACAGAUUUCCAUGGUGAACGUGUCGGCGAACUGUGAGAUGAUACAACAAGCCAUCAUCAAUGCCCUGGAGGGCAGCACAGCCCCGGUGUACGACCCCGCGACAGGCGGCUACCCCGCCACUAACCGCUACGUGGCCAUCUUCGGCAACUCGGACGUGAAGAAAGUGGGUGACUGGACUCCCGUGUUGGUACAGAACCGACCUCCUCUCAGUGCUGCUCUCGGCUCCAACUGCUUCCUGUCACUGGGGAUGCACAUCCAGGUGCUGUACGCCUACGUCGGCUCCCUCGUCAACCCACAGCCAAAGAUCAUCGGCAUCUCCUUCCUGUACGACGCCCCACAGAGUGUGUUCUUCAGGUGUGAGGGACCCUACUGUCAGCCUGGAUCCACUCUCACCCAGAGGAUCGAGAUCUCUAGCUCCGUCUCCUUCAUUGACGUCUCCCAGCCUGCCAUCCCCUACGAAGCAGAGAGACCUGUCUUCCUGGCCAAAGUGCCCUAUGACUUCUUCUACCCGUUCCUGGACAGUGCAUCACAGAGACACCAGGGGGAUGUCACAUUGUUAGUGUACUGUUUUGUUAGUGUCUUAGUAGGUAGGCUAUAUAUCAAAUUGUAACAUUUAUGAAUCAUAAGGUGUAUAAAAUUGAAAGAUUGUUUGAUGCUCUUUUGAUUUGCUUUCAUAUUUCACAGGCAAUGUUUCAAAAAAUAAAAUAAUUUCAAAUGAUGAUAUGGGCACCAGAAUGUUGAGUAUAAAGUAAUGAAAAUCUAUGUCAAAUUCGCCUCUCUGUAUGUAUUUAUAUAUUCAUAGGGGUGUUUUAUGGCAGAAAGCUACAUUUUUCAGAUUAAAAUUAUUGUUUAGGUAACAAUGAUACAAACUGAGAUAAAUCAGACUUAUUGGAGAUGUUGCCAUGGGAAUAGGAUAUAAUUUGGGCAUAAAGCUGACAUUGAAGCAAGCAAGUAAACAUUUGUAAACGUUGUCUCCCGAAUGUCAUACCGUGUGAGCUAGCACAUUAUCCUUAUCCGGAGUUGAGUAGUAAAUUAUGAUUGUAGAACAGAAUAGCUAUGCUAUUUAGAUUAUUUUGAAUUACCGUAUAGCGCUGAUCAAUCGGAUGGGUUACUAAUUGGGCUUAUUCACUAGCCAAUAUAUCACCAAUUGUCGCCGUGGGCGCUUAUUAGAGCAGGGCGCUUAUUACGUCGAAUACGGUAUGUAAGAAACUGUGAUGAGAUAACUGCCUAUGUAAUAAACUUUGUUACAUUUGUGCAUCAUCACUUACAACUAUAAUCAUAGAUAUCAGAUGGGACGUUAAAUUUUAACUCACUCACUCAUAGAUAUCAGAAAUCCUUCCAUUCCAGCUGUUAUAUAUAUUUUUGGUUUUGUAUAUAUGUAUUUUAUGAUAUUACAUAUGGAUGUAUGCUUGUUUUUAUAUAGAAAAGUUGUACAAUGUAUAUAUUUUUCACUUUUUCACCACAUCAUUCCGUCCAUUGAUUUAGCCACGAGAAUUACCAUGAGGAAACUUACAGAGACACUGUAGGGGCUUGUGAUCAAGCGUAAACAAUAUUUUCAGUUGGAUAGUUUAGAGGGUGGGAUAUCCUAGUUUUAUUAUUGAUAACUAUGAAUACAGUAAUCUUUUACUCGUCUGAAGAGACCUUCUCACUUCUCUAUUUAGAAAUUGCGGGCUUGUAUGAGUGGACACUCAAUACAUUUAACUAAAUCAGAUAAAUGUUAUAUAUGAUCUUUUAGCAAGAGAAUGGUUUUCCUGAUUAUUAAGUGAAUGAGUGAGUAUGGUUUUACGCCGCUUUUAGCAAUAUUCCAGCAAUAUCACGGCGGGGGACACCAGAAAUGGGCUUCACACAUUGUACCUAUGUUGGGAAUCGAACCCGGAUCUUCAGCAUGGCAAACGAACGCUUUAACCACUAGGCUACCCGAUCGCCCCCUGAGUAUUAAGAUAGGGGAGAGAAGUCCUUGUGUUAUCAGGCAUUAUAUUGGAAAUUCCACGCAUAAUAGAAUGGAGAUAUACUACUCAAAAGAAGUUAAAGAACACCCUAUUCUUUCAUAUUACUAUAGUUGGUCUCAUGGUAUUGUGUAAUUACUAAGGUAAUAUGAAAGAAUCAGGGGUUCUUUAACUUCUUUUGAGUAGUAUAUAAUACACAGGUAAAGCGAAGAUAUGACGAGCUGUCGUGUUGUUAGUGGCAGAACACAUGCAUUUGUCUUUGGGGAGACAGGGCAAGGGCCCACCAUGAGCAUCAGGCAUUGAACACAGUUAGGAUAGUUUAGGAUAUAAUCACUGCCAAAAGAAACGCGAAACAUAUAGAGAAGUAUGUACGUUAACGAGAGAUUUUUCCAAUGUGUACCACUUCAUGACAAAACUAACAAUCAGUCAAGUGUUACCACAGUGUCUUUAUUCUUAUCACGAUAUGCUGAAUGUUAUUUUCAAACUUUACACGCUAAUCCUGCACGAUUUAAAUGGUGCAUCUUGAGUCAUGGAUCUGUGAUGUCAUAUGUGAUGCGUUCAUUAGCAUUGGUUCACACAACAUAACAGUAUAUAAUAUCCCUUGAAUUUGAGUAAUUCCUAUUUAUCACCAUAUAUGGUAUUCAAGUUUCUUUUGGCAGUAAGUAUCUAUAGAGAUAUUAUAGAAAACUGUUUAACUAAAACAAUUUGUUGGGUCGGACUUUGUCUUGAGCUGGAUGAAUGUCUGUGCUAGUAGCUGCAUUGUGAUCUGUCAAACUCCAAGUUGGAUACAUCUGAAAGUGUUUGGAUGUAGGUAAUCUCUAAAUAAAUAUACUUUUUACAUU